UCAGUCAGGAAAGCCAGAGAAGCCAACAGCAAGCAGAAAAGGGAGGGGUCACAACACAAUAUAAAGAGGUGUUGUUGCAGACUGACUUUACUUUUCAGCUCAGCAGCAGGCUUUCUCUUUUCUCUACAACUCAACUAUGGGCAACUAUCCUGCCAAAAAUGCUCAGCAGCAGACCUGCUCUUCUUUCUAUUACCCAACUAUGGACUGCAAGUAUGCCACAAAUGAACUGACCAGAUACAAUAAUGAGGAGAUCAGGAUUGUGAUGGUGGGGAAGACCGGAGUUGGGAAGAGCGCCACAGGAAACACCAUUCUGGGAGAACAGAACUUUAAAUCAGAGUUUUCUUUUAAAUCUGUGACUGAACACUGUAAAAAGGUUUUUGGUGAAGUGGAUGGACAAGUGGUUGCUGUUAUUGACACUCCAGGUGUGUUCGACACCAGCAUUGAUGAAAAGAAUACCAGUAAAGAUAUUGCCCAGAGCGUUUCCUAUGCUUCUCCUGGACCUCACAUCUUCCUGGUCGUCCUCAGACUGGGCAGAUUCACAGAGGAAGAAAAGAAUACGGUGCAGAAGAUUCAACAAAUCUUUGGAGAGGAUGCAAACAAAUACAGCAUGGUUCUCUUUACCCAUGGUGACCUGCUCAAAGGGAAACCUAUUGAGGAGUCAUUGAAGGACAGCAAAGAGCUGCAGGAACUUGUGGACAAAUGUAACGGCCAGUACCACGUCUUUAAUAAUGACCUGAAGGACCGUUCUCAGGUCAGCGAGCUGUUCAACAAGAUCAAAACUAUAAAAGAGAAGAACGGAGGAAGCCAUUACACCAACGACAUGUUCCAGAAAGCAGAGAAGGCGAUUGAAGAGUAUAAACAACAAAUUCUCAAAGAGAAAGAAGAGCAAAUGCGCAGAGAGAGGGAGGAACUGGAGAAAAAACUAGAUGAAGAGUUUGAUGAAAAAAAUGAGGAAAGAAGGGGCUGAUGGGACGAGGUUGGAUAAGCUAAGGGCAGCUCAUGAAAGAGAAAAGGAAAGGGAAAUAAAGAAAGUAAAAGAGAACCAGAA